UGCGCACCACGUCAUUCACAUCUACGAUGCAAUUUCUGUGCUGGAUCUAUCGACGUAUUCACUCGCUGAACGUCAAAAAUCUGCUAGUGGUUUUCUUCCCUUUUUAAAGCGGAACUCCCAUUUUCUUGAAGAGGCGAAGAAGACAAGGUAUACAACAUGGAUUAAUGAUCACAGAACUCCGAUGUAUGAUAAAGACCCACUGUAAAUAAAUAAGUCCAAGAAAAUAUUUUGAUAAAACUUGAUCUCGUUGACGAACAUCUUCGAUUGUCUGAAACGGAAAUCUACAAGUAGUUCUUGACGGUUCAGAAGAGUUGUCUGCAAUCUCAAGGGUUACCAUGUCAACAGUACCCAAAAUACAUCCUCCCACCAAUGGGGUCUACAUCGUCCAAGGGGAGAUGUUGUUGGUUGCCACGGCAAUGAGGCGCAGCUCCAGAUGGACAUCUCAUCUGGCCCAGGAGGAAGAGCAAGACCCGUUGUUAGGAGGCUUCUCCCGUCUAAAGGAAACGUUGAACUCCAUCUCAGAUAUAACGGAGAUUGAGCCCAACGUCUUCCUGUGUCCGUUCCUUGAUGUCAUCCGCUCAGAGGACACCACUGGACCAAUCACAGGCCUCGCUCUGUCCUCUAUCAAUAAGUUCCUGUCCUAUGGAAUGCUGGACACAUCUGUGGAAGGUGCCACGUCAGGCAUAGAGAACAUUGCCGAUGCAGUCACCCAUGCCAGGUUUGUUGGCACGGAUCCAGGCUCGGAUGAGGUGGUUCUCAUGAAGAUUCUUCAGGUUCUCAGGACGUUACUUCUGACCCCAGUAGGAGCUCAUCUCUCCAACGAGUCCGUCUGUGAGAUCAUGCAGUCCUGCUUCAGAAUCUGCUUUGAGAUGAGACUCAGCGAGUUACUACGCCGCUCCGCUGAGCACACACUAGUUGACAUGGUACAGCUUCUGUUCUCACGAUUGCCGCAGUUCAAGGAGGAGAAACUCUCAGCCAUGAGAAAGCUGAAGAUGCGACCAGGGGGCAUUACCGACGCAACUCGCCGCCGCAAGUCGCGCCCCUCUCCCAAAGUCCGGGCCAAGAAAGACCGUCUGGCAACCACGCCCACGGAAGAGAUUAACGCCAUGCAGCCGGGAGCCCCAGCCCCUCACGUUGCAGCUAACUCCCUAGCGGCCAACGCAAACGCCGCCGGUGCAGCUGUUGCAACGUCCGUCGCCGCGACGACAGCAUCUCCGAGUGCAACCUCUGCUUCCACCACCACCUCAGAAUCGAGCCAGUCUCAAGUCACUCCUCCGUCGACGCUGAACGUCUCCUCGGAGGUGGACGAGCAGAGGCUACCAUCGUCGCUGGACAGCGGGGUGGACAUGAAGGAAUCGCUGUCGGCCGUGACUCCUUCCGAGGGCGACAUCACACCGACUCAGGGUCAGGUCAUCUCCAUGCAAGGAGAGCAACAGGAGGAACCGACAGAGAACAAGAAGGGUGAUGAGAAUGAUCAGAUGCUAGAUGUAGAGAGAUCAGACUCCUUGGUAGACGGCACAGAAGACACGGAGUCCAUCACGGAGCAUUCUGACAGUGCCUCCAUCCAAGACUCUGAAUACAUCAACCCGCAGGGCGUCAGGUUCACACCCCACCAUAGGCAUAAAGACGGCUCGGGUCCCAUUAUCCCCUAUGGUCUACCAUGUGUCAGGGAACUGAUGAGAUUUCUCAUCUCGCUCAUCAACCCAUAUGACAGGCAUAACACAGAUUUGAUGAUGCACAUGGGUCUGAACCUCCUGACCGUUGCCUUGGAGACGGGAUGCGAUCAUGUCGCUCACUUCUCUGCUCUGCUCAGUCUCAUCAAGGACGACAUGUGCAAAAACCUUCUUGCUCUUCUGCAAGCUGACAGGUUGUCCCUCUUUGCCGCCUCUCUCCGCGUCUGCUUCAUGCUGUUUGAAUCCAUGAGGACUCAUCUCAAGUUCCAGCUGGAGAUGUUCCUGCACAAACUGACCGAGAUCAUCAUCUCGGAAUCGGUCCGGAUUCCUUACGAGCAGCGUGAGAUGGCACUGGAUUCAAUCGUACAGCUGUGGCGACUACCCUGUAUGGUGACAGAGCUGUAUCUGAACUACGACUGUGACGUCUACUGCAGUAAUUUAUUUGAAGAUCUUACUAAAUUACUAUCCAAGAAUGCAUUCCCAGUCUCCGGCUCCCUCUACACCACCCACCUCCUGUCCCUGGACGCCCUCCUAGCCGUCAUCGACGGCAUCGAGACCAACUGCCACCAUCGCAUCCUCAGCUCCAUGGUGGCCCAGGGCAACCUGGACCGGGAGAAGUCCGAGUCAACAUCGGCCGUCACCAUCCAUGUCCAGGACGUCUCGGGGAAGACCGAGGAGGGGGACAAGGGGAAGGAGAAGGGAGGGGGCGAGGACGGGGCCAGGCAGGGCGGGAUGGGGGUGACGCUGCCCACCACGGGAUAUGCCAUGGCACAGGUCAUGUCCAUGAACCGGGAUAAAGAAGUGGACAAUGGCAAAUUGAAGCCUUCUGAAGAUCACAUCGAGGGGAGCCCCAACCGACGAGUCAGUCGCUUCGCUCCCUCGGACAACUUACCAUCCCUGGAGCAGCUGAUGCAGAUUAAACAGACCAAAAAGUUGAUCCAAGCCGGCACGGAGCAGUUCAACAUCAAGCCCUCCAAGGGCAUUGCCUUCUUGAUGGAGCAGGGCAUCUUACACUCCCCCCUGGAGCCCCACGAGGUGGCCGUCUUCCUCAAGGAGAACCCCAGGUGCGACAAGAAGAUGAUCGGGGAGUACCUGAGCAGCAGGAAGAACGAGAAAGUCUUGGAAGCAUUCUUGAAGUUGUUUGGGUUCGAGGGCACCAGGAUUGACGAAGCACUCCGGAUGUACCUGGAAGCGUUCAGACUUCCUGGAGAAGCUCCCGUCAUCCAGCAUCUCAUGGAACAUUUCUCCGACUACUGGCAUAAUGCCAACAAUCGGCCGUUUGCCAAUAACGAUGCUGCAUUCACGUUGGCGUACGCAGUCAUCAUGCUGAAUGUAGACCAACACAACCACAACGCCAAGAAGCAGAACAUUCCAAUGAACGUUGACCAAUUCAAGAAGAAUCUCACCAAAGUGAAUGGCGGUGCGGACUUUGACCAGUCCGUGCUGGAGGAAAUAUUCAGUGCUAUCAAGAGUGAGGAAAUUGUGAUGCCAGCCGAGCAGACAGGUCUUGUCAGAGAAAACUAUCUCUGGCGGGUCUUGCUGAAGCGAGGAGCCACCCAGGAGGGGACCUUCCUCCAUGCCCAGUGCGGCGAUCUGGACCGGGAGAUGUUCUUACUAGCCUGGGGACCCACGGUGGCUGCACUGUCGUUUGUGUUUGACAAGGGCAUGGAUGAUACCAUCACGCAGAAGGCUAUCGCUGGCUUCAGGAAAUGUGCAAUGAUCUCGGCCCAUUACGGACUGACCGAUGUGUUCGACAACUUGGUCAUCUCCCUCUGCAAGUUCACCACUCUCCUUAAUUCCAUGGAGACCCCGGAGAACCUUCCGAUCGCCUUCGGGUCCAACGCCAAGGCCCACCUUGCCGCCAAGACGGUCUUUGGCCUGGCCCACCGGCACGGUGACAUCCUCGCCGAGGGAUGGAAGAACCUCUUGGACUGCAUGCUGCAGCUGUACCGGGCUAAGCUGCUCCCGAUUGAGAUGGUAGAGGUCCAGGACUUUGUGGAUCCUAGCGGCAGGGUCUCCCUGAUCAGAGAGGAGAUGCAGCCUGUCAAGUCUGAUUCUUCCUUGUUUGGUUCGUUCUACUCCUACUUCACGACUGCUGAGACAUCCACUCAGAAAGGGCCUACCAAUGAAGACAAGGAGGCCAUUGAACAGGCCAGGAGCUGUAUAGAGGACUGUCACCCGGAGCACCUGAUCACAGAGAGUAAAUUCCUGCGGCAGGAGUCCCUCCAAGAGUUGAUGAAGUCGCUGACGUUUGCCUCCCAGGGCCCUCAGGCAGCUGACUCCCUCGGGGUACAGUAUGAGGAAGAGGCGGCCGUCUUCAACCUCGAGCUGCUCAUCAGGGUGGUCUUGGAAAAUCGGGAUCGCGUCGGCACUCUAUGGCAAGGCAUCUGUGAUCAUCUCUACAGUCUGAUUGUCUCAACGACAGAGUACAGCUUGCUAGUUGAGAGAGCCGUUGUCGGUAUCCUCAGGCUGGCCAUACGCCUGCUGAGGAAGGACGACAUCGCUGCUCAGGUUCUGACAUCUCUACGGAUGCUACUCCUGAUGAAGAAGUCGGUCCUGCAGCGCGUCUGUCGUCAGGUGGCCUAUGGUCUCCACGAACUCCUGCGCACCAACGCGGCCAACAUUCACUCCUCCCAGGACUGGUACACCCUCUUCACGCUGCUGGAGUGCGUGGGUGCGGGAGCAGCACCCCCUAGCGUCCACAUGGGCGACGCGAAGAGAGAUCGAGAGAUACAAGACACGGGCACCCAGUCCGACAGUGAGAUGUCAACAGGCAGUGUCAGCGGUGCCUCGGAUCAAGGCUACACCUCGGACAGUGAACUCUUCAAGCAUAAACAGCCUCACCGAUCCAGCAGUGAGCCGGACGUGUCCACCAUGACGGACGAUAGAGUCAUCUCGGUGAACAAUGACAGCACAGUCCGCCACACCCAGAACCAUUCCCGAGACGUCCCCAAACACCAGAACCAAUUUGAGAUCGCCCUGGAUCAGACCCUCAGCCACCACGACACCAAGGCCCUCAUGAAAUGCUGCGAGUCCCUGGCCUUCCUGGUCAGAGACGCGGCCCACGUCACGCCUUCCAACUUUGAGUCUUGCGUCCACGCCAUCAGGAGCUUUGUGGAGGCCACAGUCAAUGGAGGGAAACUCAGAAAUGAUCGACAAAAGAAACCCGAGCCGCCAAAAGACCGGAAAAACUCCCGAAUGUCCCGGAACCAGAGGAACAAGAAGAGCAUGCCCAAGACCAACUCUGUUCCCGAGAAGAUCUACCAGAUGGCCGACGGCUAUGAAGAUGGAGAAGACGAGGGACCUCCCGGCGGAUAUCACUCCCUGUCUAUACAGUUGCUGGACUUGAUGCACACCCUCCACACGAGGGCAGCAUCCAUCUUCAGCUCCUGGGCCGAGGAGGAGAAGAAAGACGGAUCGCAGACGACGAUCGACGCCGGAGCCAGUGCAUUGUGGAUCAAAUGCUGGUGCCCACUACUGCAAGGUAUCGCCAGGCUGUGCUGUGACGUUCGUCGUCAGGUCCGCAUGCAAGCCCUGACCUACCUCCAGCGAGCCCUCCUAGUCCACGACCUACAGACCCUGUCGGCCGUGGAGUGGGAGUCCUGCUUCAACAAGGUCCUGUUCCCACUGCUGGCCAAGCUGCUGGACCAGAUCCAUCCCCAGGACCCCGUGGGGCUGGAGGAGACCCGCAUGAGGGCGGCUACGCUGCUCUGCAAGGUAUUCUUACAGCAUUUGACGCCCCUUCUGUCACUGUCUACGUUCACCGCCCUGUGGCUCACCAUUCUGGAUUUCAUGGACAAGUACAUGCACGCUGAUAAGAGUGAUCUACUGUACGAAGCUAUCCCCGAAUCCUUGAAGAACAUGCUGCUAGUCAUGGACACGGCGGGGGUCUUCCAAGACGAGGCCGGCUCAGAGAGAGGCCAGAACUGCCAGCUGUGGGUCUUCACCUGGGAGAGGAUCGACUGCUUCUUGCCGGGGCUCAAGAACGAGGUCUUCAAACCACACGAACCAGUUGUGGUCAAAGAGCCGGCCCCUAGCGUGGCCCCGACGCCAGACGAAAUGAUGAGAGACGGAAACCCGAAUGAAGAGGAACAGAAAACAGUCAGUGCAAAACCUGAAGGAAAAAGUGCAACACCUCCACCUCAGGAUGCCACGCCCGUAAAGGAAGCCCCGCCUCCUGCGGUAACAGCACCUGUGACCACGCCCGCGACCACGCCCUCGACCACACCCAGCGCCAAAGACACCAACCCAGUCACCAGUCAGCCCAACAUCAUCCUGCAGCCGCCCCUGCCCUUUCUGGGCCCCCUCCCUGGGGGUCAGGAUGCCAAGCAAGGCUCCCCCGUGCCGUUCCUCCUCAACCCGGCCAUCUUGAAAGGAUCGCCGAUCGUCGCCCAGAUACUCCCCCAGCCGGAGCCCUCAACCACGGGAAGCUCUUAAAAGCUCCAUCAGCAGAAAUAGGUGAAAAAAUUUACCUCUUUUUUUUUAAACCUCUUGGUUGUAACCAGCGGUACUAUGGCUACCAUAUUAGCUGAACAUAGCUAAAAAACGAUGCACAACCCGAACUUAAACCCUGACCCUGCCAGAUAGCAACACGCUGCGACAGGUGUAAAAGUCUGUGGGACCUUGCUGCAUCGAGCCAUCAACACCAGUGCCUAAACGGCCGAUUCUGAAACAAUGAGAGCUAGUCCCAUUGAACAAUGCCGCAGCCGCAUAUCCUGCUGCAUUCGGUGACCACAGACUCUGGCAUGUUAGCUUGAGAUUUUUGACCUGAUGGUUCUUGCUUCACUUAGCAGGCAUGUCGUGUCAUUUUGACAAGCGUUGCAUGUUGCUGUGUUUAGCACGGUAUCUCACCAAAAAAAUAUCCUGGAGAGUUUGGGGCAACCUUUUUUUCUUUUUCUUUUUUAAACCAGGGACAGAUUCUAAAAUCUAUACUUUACCUGAGUUCUAACUUUGGUUGAGCACGUCACAGCUGGAAAAAACCCAGUGAACGUAUUGCUAGUACAGAAAAUCUUACAGUUUUGUGCUUCAAGAAUAGUCACAGAAUUUGAAAUCAAGACUUUGUUUGAGUACUGGGUAAAUCUCUUACAUAUUUUAAAAAUCAAGAAAUUCCAUGAGUUGUAAGCAAUAAUUAACAAAUUUCAAAAUAUGUGAAAAAAAAUUCAUUUAAAAAUUAAUCUUGGCUAUAAUUGAACACUAAUUCCAGUUCAUUAGACCUGUAAUUAUAUUGUAGAUAGGUCUUCGAAAAUUAAAAACUGUCAAGUACUACGAAAGGACAACGACAAGAUUAAAAAAAACCUACAAACUAAAUACUGUAGCUUUAACUUUAUAACUUUUAAACUAAAAAUUAACACUACAAGAGAUUCUUGGGGAAAUUUCAUCUGAAAACAUUUUGAGAUAUUUUGAGGCUUGGAAAGAAUUGGAGGAUUUUGUUUUGAUGAUCAUGCGCUGCUGCAGAAUACCAUGGUCAACGACGUAACGUUUUGUUUGCUCUUGUGUUUAAUUCUGCAAAGUUUUACAGUAAAAUUGAUGUUCACACAGUGCAAUGUUGAAUUCUUGUCGUCGAUAAUUUUAGAUAUUGUGAUCGUUUUAACCAAGAAGAUUAUUUGGCUUAUGAUGUUAGUUUUUGCACACGUACUGUUUUGUUGAUAUUAGAUGAAAUUAGUUCAGUCCACAAAAAAAAAAAUAUUUGAGGCUCAGAAAAGAAAGCAAUUGUCAAGUAUUAAGUUGUAGGGCUCAUUUAGGUUCAACAAAUGUUGUGUAACUGUACGAUAAAACACUGUUUUGAUUUAUAUUUUUUAGAGUAUACAAAAGCCACAGAAACAUGAUUUGUAAAUUGUUAACAAAGGCGGCCGUGCUAGAAUCGUACAAUACUUUGGUUUCAUAAGUUUUCAUUUUUUUUUUUAAAUCAUUUGCCAUGACAACCAUGGGUAUCCAAAAAAUUGUUUAGGAAUCAAAUUAACCUCUGGAAAAAAAGGUAUAAGUCACCUAAAUUUAUUCCAACGUGCCGCAGCUUUCCAAAUAUUGGCUUUUACAAAAAAGAAUGUUACCGAAAAAUAAUCGUGAAAUAGUUUAGGUCAACUAUAGUGAUUAAGUUACGUGUGUUUAUGAAGAGAAUUCUAUUUAGAGAAAUUGCAAGGAGGAUAGUUAUGAUGUAUCUUUUGUUUAGACAAUUCUAGACUGGAAAGUAGUGAUAAAUUCUUUCUUUGUGCAAAGGUUCAUACUUUCAGAAUGGCAGUGCAAAAAACCUGAUAUUUCAGAUUAAGAAUAAUCUUCAAAUUCUGUUGCUCUGUAGCUGAAAAAAUUAGGCUCUUGUUACCUACAAUUUUUCUUUUCUAUCAAAAAAUGUGUCCACUUUUUAUUAUUCGUCAACAAUCCCACAGCGGAUGGACAGUUUCCUGAAAAAUAAGUGAUUGUUUAUUUAUCCAGAUUUCAAAUUUUAGUAGUAACUCCAAGAGAGCAUUUGAUGGAGAACAAGUGAUUGAUUUGUAACAUAAUUGUGUAAAAAUAAAAACCCUUAAUAACUAAAUAUCUUUCAAAGGUUACACACCACGGUCCUUGAAGUAAAGAUUCUAUAAAUUUCAAAGACUCAGAUGAAUUAUUAUAAAUGUGUUUUAAACUGCAAUUUUUCUGUGUGUAACCGUAUCUUAAUUUUUUUUAAAGCAUUUUAUGGUUUACAAACAUGAUGCCAUAAUUAUUUUGAUUUUUGUGUAGUACUGGAUUUAUAGACAUUCAGAAAAGUACACACAAAAAAGGGUGGGGGUGUUAAAUGAAGUGUUAAAUUGUACCUGUAUAUAAUCCUUAUGGUCAGUGCGUUGGUUAUCAUUGUACUGUACAGUGGUCAAAACUUGUAUAUCUGUAAUUAUCUGAUGUAAAUUACACGAUGAUCGAGGAUGUUAUUAAAAACGCAUACUGUGGUAAAAAAA